AUGUUGGACGAGCACAGUGAGCAAAAGGCCAGCCGGCAAAAAAGAAAGAACAGGAAUACGGAGUUAAGGGUGAAGAAGAAAAACAACAAAAGGGGAAGUAGGAGGAAUAAAAAGAUGAUUAGUAAGACAUCGAAGAGGAGGCGUAUCAGGGAUGCUAAUAAUCCAGAUAAGCCCGCCACUAGAUUAAUUGCUGAUGAUGUGGUGGUGGUUUUACUGAGCAGACUCCCGGUGAAAUCACUUAUGCGUUUCAAGUGUGUCUGUAAAAGAUGGAAAUUGAUUAUCGAAGAUCCACACUUUAUCCAUUCACACCUUACCCAUUCAGAAACACGUCCUUGUCUCUUUGUACUCCUUCCAAAGAGUAAACCAUGGGAAGGUUGCGCAAGAGAUUACGAGUCUUUCAUUUCAGCUGAUUUGCACUUGAGUGGCAGAGCAGCAAAUGUUCACACCAUAAGGAAAACAAAGCUACUGUAUCGUGAAAUUCUGGGACCCAUUACAGGUUUGGUCUGUUUAGUUGACAACUGCGCUGUUCAAAUACACAAUGUCAGCACAAUGGAAUCAACACCAUGGAUCAAGUCAAAAGUGUGCAUGAAUCGAGAGAAAGAUGAUUGCAUUGUAAACAUUUUAGAGGAACCAAGAUGUUAUUUUGGUUUCGAUCCUACUACCAAGAAACAUAAAGCUAUUUUCGUGUGGUGUAGAGGUAAAUUCCAAGAUUUUCCAGUUUGUGAGGUCUUGACAGUUGGGGAUAAUACAUGGAGAUAA